AUGCCCAUAUUGAACGGUGAGGAGGUAUUAGUUGGUGAAAAUUAUCUAGUGCGGGGAAGACGAGGUUGUUGGCGUCAUGCCACUGUACUGGACAAGCGGCGUGGAGAAAGUGGCAGUGUAGAACUCUACGUGCAUUUUGAUGGAGAUGACAGGAGGCUUGAUCAUUGGUUGGACUCAAGUAGAUUGAAGUUUCGCAAUCAAACAAAUAAGCGAAUCACGCCGGUCUACGAAAUGAGAGAGAAACGGAUGCGGAAGGCAAAGGAGAACUCUCCAAACACUACCAGCCUAGAUUAUUCGGAGGUUUUGGAAGAGCAGCAUAUAGAGGUGACGAAAGUAAAAUAUAUUGAAGUUGUACGCUAUGGUGAAUUUGAAAUGGAUACUUGGUAUGUUUCACCGUAUCCUGAUGAAUAUGGGAAGGAAAGAUACCUGUUUAUAUGUGACAAAUGCUUCCUUUAUAUGCGACAGGAGAGAGCCUUCAAAAUGCACUUGAGUACUUGCAAUGCGAAACAUCCUCCUGGAAGAGAAAUUUAUGUGGAUUCUGCCGAAAAAAUUGCCGUAUAUGAAGUCGAUGGGGAAAAGGAAAAGUUAUUUUGCCAGUGUUUGUGUUUGUUUGCAAAGUUAUUCAUGGAUCAUAAAACAAUUUAUUUUGACGUCACCACUUUUUUAUUCUACGUGGUUUGCCAGCUCAGAGACUCGGGUUACGAACUUUCUCGUCGUGAAGGUAUUCAAGGCUCGCCCGAAAAGCCAUUAUCCGAUCUUGGCGCAGCGAGUUUCCAUCACUACUGGGCAUAUAUCAUUGUUGAUUACCUUUCUGGGCUCAUGGAUACCGCGUGGAUACGUGUUUCUGAGUUGGCGAAAAGUCUUGGAAUGCAAGCUGAGGAUGUCGUGGACACUCUCCAUUGGCUGCAACUAUGUGAUCCCAAGGUGAUGUCGGAAGCGCCGGAUGACUACGAGUUGUGGGAAUCAGCUGCUACACCUCUUGUAAAUGGGACUGUUACCGAAAGCAGUACCGUUGAUUCGGGCUCAGAAGCUGUGGCUGAGGGCUCAUCUGUGGGAUCGGCAACAGCAGCUGAAGUGGAAGUAGACAAAAAUAAGUCUGCCUCGUCACAACCCGCCGAAGAACCCGAAUCAGAUAAUAGAACAUUUACUGUCACGGGACUGAGACAUCCAGGAGGAUGGAGGACACACUCCGAGAUUAUAAACAUGCUUGCCCGUUGUGACUCUUUCAAUAUUCGAUUUGGACGUGCAACAAAACAAAAGGGUCCAAAACCUGGCUCAAUAUCUUUCACUUUUGAAUCGAUUAGUUCUGCAAGAGAAUCUUUCACACAAGCACAAAAAAUGCGGGUGGACGGUCAAGCUGUCAAGGUUGAGGCAUGUCCAGCUUUUUGUAAUGGACUAAUCGCUUCUUCAGUUGCCCCUGCUGCUUGUCGCUCCCGACCGUUUUUCAAGAUUCCGGUAGAUGAAGAGGCUCAAAAGCGAACCAUAUACGCUCUUGACUUGCCCAUUUCCGCGGAACAAAACUUGCUGAAUAGCAUAUUUGAAGCAGACCAUAUUGAGAAGAUCACCUUUCUCCCGCUCCGAAACCAACAUAAGCAAGCUGAGGUUGUUAUGCAUACGGAGGAGCAGGUUGAAGCAGCCAGGUCGGAAGAUGGUUUUGAACUUGACGAUGGACAACAGCAAAGCGUACUGAGGAUUUUAACGCCUGUCGAAUACGCCAAGUUUGUUGAAGAGGAGCAAAAGCCUAUUCCUUUCGUACCACCAGAAAUUGAGCCUCCACCCGCUAAAGAACCUCCGAAUACGACUGCUCAGCCUACAGCUUCUGCACCAGCUGAUGCCAAACUAGCACCGGUACUAGACGAAGAUGACGUGACGGACAUGUUUAUAAAGUACGUCACGGAUCAGCGUGUUAACUGGGCUGAAAUCACGGACGUCAUGGAGCUGUAUACGAUGUGCGACGCGGUGUCAGCUCAAAUCGGAGGACUGCCAGACAGUGUGCUGCGACCGGCAAUGUUGCACACUCUACAACGACAUCUCACCGAGGCACAAAGUGCUUGGAUGAGGGAGCAUCUUCAAGACUUGAUAAAAGGCUGGAAACAGGAAGUGAGAAGAGACGCAUUCGUCGAUCGACCAACAUUGGUCCAGAUGAAGGCUGCUGAGUAUGUCCCGGUGGCGCCUAGUAGGAAACGAUUAAGAGGGAGGAACUCGGCAGAAUCACGUGCUGGCCGUGUGAUGAUGGGAGUAGGUGCAUUAUUGGAAGCUCAACGUCAAAAAAUGAUAACGGAAGAAGGCGAAUUAGAAGUGGAAGAAGAUGAACAAGGCAAUAUCAUGCUUGGCGGAGAGGCACUAAGCUUCGAAUCGUGGGCUAAGCAAAGCCAGAAGGAAUGGAAAGAGAAGAGGAUGGGUGCUAAGAAGAUGAGGAUUAUGCAACAAGCACGUGAGGAAUUGGAAGCAUUGGAUAAGGAUAAGCAAACUGCGGUGCAGGCACCAAAAUCGAAAGACGUGGAGAAUGGCAAAGAUAAGAAGGAAGUAGAGAAAGCUCCUCCAAAGCCGCCGAAAGAGUGGAAAAUCGCCAUUUGGUCUACUCUGAUUCAAUGUAUCUUGACGAGCUGGAUGAAGGCGAAAUCGAUUCUGAAGAAGAGCGGAGAGAAGAGAAAGGAAAAGAAGCGAUCAAGAAGGAAAGCGUCAAGUUCAUCGAACUCAUCGAGCACUUCAUCAAGUUCUGAAAGUGAUGACGACGGUGAUGCACGAAAACGGAGACGAAAUAGACGAAAGACAGAACGGCUAAAGGGUCCUCAAGUACCUCCUCUUUUCCAACGAAUGUUCAACUAUCGGCAUGAGAUUAUCAAUGCACUUUCCGCAGAACACAAAACGGCCUUUGCUUCUGUCUUGCACCAGGUACUUCUUUGUGUUUGGUAUUUUUACAGUGGAAAAUAG